UUGUUAAAUAGUUCAUCUCAUGGAUCCCGUGUGUUAUACUUUCCUUUCAGCAGGAUGGAGAUGCUGCCUGGUUUAUUUAUCCUACAAGUGCUCUGUUUGGUUAACGCUUAUCCAAAUGGAGCCCCCACUGGCGCCUGUGAAGAUAUGCUGCCUCGCCACAUGGGAAUAUUGCCUCAGUCUUCACCAGCUCCCUAUACUCUUCUAUCCAACAUGAGGACAUAUAGGCCAGGCACGCCCAUCACAGUGACCAUUAUGGGACCUGCCUACAGAGGGGUGCUACUUGAAGCUCGAACAUUGGGCGGCCUCUAUGCUCUGGGUUGCUGGAUGUUCCCUCCUCCUGACACAAAAUUACUUCAGUGCGCAGGACAUCCAAACAGAGCUGUGACUCAUGCCAACACCAACCUGAAGGGGAACUCCACUGCGUACCUAUGGAUGCCACCCGAUAUUACAAGCCCUGUUUAUUUCAUUGCAACUGUUGCUCAGCAGCGCACAGUCUUCUGGGUUGAUGUGCGGUCAACCAUUCUGACCAGAGGGUAGCUGGAUGGUGUCAACCUUGCAACUGAUGCAAAUGAAGGAAUGGCUGAAAGAAAACCUCUUCUUCUCCUUCUGAUAUGUGCACUUGUGUUCUUGGAUAUGUAGAAAUUGUUUAUGUAUUGAAAACAUAUUAUCAUAUAAGAUUAACACAGUGUAUAUUUUUCAAGUUUGAUCUCUGAAUGAAGAAAAUAACAACUUUGUAAAAGAUAUUAACAAAGCCUUUGUUUGUCUAUAUUUACCUACUAUAAACAUACAAUGAUCGAUGCAUGUGAAUCUUAAAUGCAUCAUCUGGUCAUGUCCACAGUGGGACCAAUAAAAUUAGAAGUAUAAAUUAAAAAAAAAAAAGAAUAUUCCAAUGAAACACAUCUUCCUAUAUGAUAUUAAAAUUAUAUGACUACAAUAUUAUACACACACGUUUCCAACAUAGAAUUUUUAUUUGAAUGAUAAAACUUUGCUGUAAUUUGUGACCACAUGCAGAUCAGAUGGUCUGGUUAUAAUAUUAUUCUGUACAAUGAAGAAAAACAUUGAAUUGCCUUAUAUUUCAAGUAAGAAAAGUAGAGACAGUGAAGGGAAAAAAGGAUAAAAAGAUGGACUGAUGGAGAUGUGAUGGCAGUGUUUGAGAUGCAGCUUUCCACGUCAGUGUGUUAUUGACUGAAUUUCAUUCCUCUAAUUGAAAAGCAUGUUAUGACCUGUUUUUUUCCACAUGGUUUGAUCUCUAACCUAGAUUCCUAAUGUGAUGAUGUACAGAAACACCAAAGAGGCUUAAGACAUGCAACACAUGAUGUGCAAAGCUCAACGGAACAUACAUCCUGUCCUGCAUUUCUGCUCUGAUUUCAGUUCUACCUCACACAUAAAACCCAAGCAGUGGGUGCAAAGAUGUGCGCCCCUCUUUUCAUGAUAAAUGUGUGUUUGUUUUCCAAAAUCUAAAACCUCUAAAUCUAUUCUAAAGCCCCACCAGGGUAACAAACUUCUUUACUUGGUUGAACAUGAUAUGAGAACAACACAAACAUCUCUUAAGAGUGCAGACAAUUUAAUUGAUAAUGUAUCACAUUUUGUCAUUUUGUCAUGAGCUUAGCAACAGUACAAACUGUCAAAGUAAGGAAAUCAUAGCCAUGACCACAAAGGUCAUUUUUCUUUAAAGAUGUUAAUCAUGUUCAACCCCUUGUAUCCUAUAACUCUCAGAUGUUCAUGGUCAUAUGAGCCCUGAAUUUAAAAGGAGAAGAUAUAAGGUAACCUGACUCUUUGUGAUGAUCUGAUGCUGCUCUGCCACAGAUGGGAGAAUUAUUUGCCCCUCUCUGGUGAAGUAUUGAUCUUAGCUGAUUCAUGAGCCUGAGGUUCAACCUCGUAACAGAGAGCACGCACCACUCAAUUAUAAUUAGUCCCUCUCCACUGCAUGCUGAAAGCUAGCUGUAUACUGCAUGGGGAUUUAAAGCUAGGCACCAGUGGUACCAGCUAGUUCAAUAGGAAAUGACACAUUGACAUGUGGAAAAGUGAACCCCUCAGUCAAGGUCAGGCUCAGUUUGUGCCUCACAGUGGCUGCUCUUGUUUCCAUCCAGACAAGGUCAAUUAGAAAAAAGAGAAUAAUGGAAAUUCUUCAGUUUUCACCUGCUUUUUG